AUGAUCCAAUACCGGCGGAGGUGGAAGACUGGGUUCGAGAUACGCAGGCAAAGCAAACACCCCUACAGUAUUUUUGAUCUCGAGACAAACAAAUGGACGACCCAAGAGGAAGACUUGAGCGAUGACUUCUUUGCAGAGCUAAGGGACAUCGCUGGCAAUGUGGUCAACAAUGGCUCGGAGAUUGACGGUGAUAAUUUGGUGGAAAACGUCGCGGGCAUCUCUCAGAGUGAACAUCAACGUAGGGACAUGGCUGGUGAUCCAGGUUUUGGCCGGUUAGAAAUGGACACCAACGCAGUGAACGAGAAGUCCAUGGUCGUACCUGCGACCAAUCAUUCCGAGGAAUUCAAGAAUCUUAAUGACCUAGUGGCGGAUGUAAUGCACAUGCAUGGGGACGAAGCCAUCAGAGGACACAACAAGGUCAUCGACUACGAGUUCUCCUGGACGGGGAUGUAG